AUGGCUCGGCUCGCAUUGUCCCAAGAGGAUAAGCAGGUCCGCGAUUGGUUUAAAAAGACGACAGAGGCACUUGGCUGCAAGGUGACUGUCGAUGCCAUGGGAAAUAUGUUUGCCGUUCGCCCGGGUCGCAGAGGGGAUGUCCCGCCGACGUUUGUCGGAAGCCAUUUAGAUACCCAGCCCACCGGAGGCAGAUAUGACGGGAUCCUAGGCGUCUGUGCAGGUAUUGAGAUGCUGAAGGUUCUUGAAGAGAAAGGGAUUGAAACUGAAGGUGGCGUCGGAGUUGUCAACUGGACCAACGAGGAGGGAGCCCGGUUUCCAAAAAGCAUGGUCUCCUCGGGGGUUUGGGCAGAGUGCAUCCCUCUAGCCACUGCCCACAGCCUCCUCGAAGUUCCUACCGUAGCUUCCCUUCCCUCUGCUGCAUCCUCUCCUGAUUCCAUGAAAUCUGCUCUGGAGAAGAUCAAUUAUUUAGGCACCGUUCCAUGUUCUUACACUGCCAUGCCGAUGGCUGCCCAUUUUGAGUUACACAUUGAACAGGGACCCCAUUUGAUCAACGCCGGCCAACGAGUUGGUGUAGUGACAGCGGUGCAGGCAUCCCGGUGGUACCGUAUCAAUGUCACAGGUCGGGAUUGCCACACCGGAUCAACCUCUUUUGAACACCGCGCGGAUGCCUUGUACGCCUCGGCGAAAAUGAUGAUUCGUGCUCGAGAAAUCGCGCAGAAGCUAGGGUGCCUUGCGAGUGUUGGCAUAGUCGACGUCAAGCCUGGUAGUGUGAAUACCGUCCCCGGAUUUGUCAGUUUCAGUCUUGAUAUCCGUGGGCCAGAGUCCGAAAACGUAAACGUACUGGACAAGGAACUGCGAAAGGAAUUUGAGCUCAUUGCUGCGGAGGAGGGCAAAAACAUUGGGAAGCCCUGCCGUGUUGAAUGGCAGCUGGACGUCGACAGCCCGGCUAUUACGUUCCAUCCCGACUGCAUCGAGUGUGUGACUGAAGCAACCAUGGCGGUUGUUUCGGAUUCACCGAAUCCGGAGUCAAUGUACCGCACCAUUCGUAGCGGAGCGGGACAUGACAGCGUUUACACGUCCAAACGGGUGCCAACUAGCAUGGUGUUUGUGCCUUGUAAAGAUGGAGUAAGUCACCACCCAGAGGAGUUUUCCACACCCGAAGAGUGCGUGGAUGGUGCCUCUGUCAUUUUGCAAGCAGUUGUGAGAUAUGAUCGGAAGAGAUUCAGUAAAUGA